UUUCCCACGAAAAUUCAAUUUCUUUCUUUCUUUCUUUCUUUUUGGCCUUUACUUCAUGCUUCCUUGUAAAAAUAUGAUAAUUGGAGGCCUCAAAGGGAAAAGGCCUUUUCCGUUAGAACAGAUGAAGGGUUUUUGGUUGGCUUUGUUUAUCUUUAUAGGCUGUUUGGUUGCCGAUAAAAAUAGAACACCGGAAAUUUCAUUUUCAUUUCCCCUUUUCGUCCAAUUUCUAUGGUGAUAUCAGCAGGGAGGGUGAUGUAGGAAGAGAAUUUUAGAUGUUUUGGUUAUUUGCAAUUCCACUCAAUUCUGGCUUUGGAAGUCAGAGAUAGGGUUGUGGUUUACCUUGCUUAACAGAGGACUAAAUCAUUGAAUUUGUUGUGGCUUAAGUUUUAUUCUUCAAUCUUUUAGGUGGUCGCAAAGUGCCUCCUCCUUCAAUCUUCAUUAAGUCUGACUACAUACACUAGAUGAGGUGGUGGACAUCUUGUGCACACACAUAAUUUACAGGCUUCUGAAGUUGAAAUAUAUAUUGAAUCAGUGAAACACUGAAAAUUCAAGAAAUUAUAUGAAUCUUCUUUUCAGAAGCUGCCCUUCAUUUUGCAUUCCGAAGCUAGGAGUUGGACUGGAUAAAUGUCGAGUAAGAGGAUUAACAGUGAGAGCAUCAGUGAAUUCAGAUGAUGAGUUGGUUCCAGUUGCUCCUCUUCAACUUGAAUCUCCAAUUGGCCAGCUUUUGGCCCAAAUAUUGCAAACCCAUCCACAUCUACUCCCUGCAGCUAUUGAUCAGCAGCUUGAGAAUCUUCAGACGGAUAGAGAUGCACAGAGAGAGGAAACCCCACCUUCAUCUCAUGAUCUUCUCCUCUAUAGGAGAAUAGCUGCGGUCAGAGAGAAGGAAAGGCAGAAGGUGUUGGAGGAGAUACUAUACUGCUUGAUUGUGCAGAAAUUUGUAGACAAAAACAUUUCAAUGAUUCCGAAGAUAUCAGCUACCUCAGAUCCUGUUGGGCGGGUGGACUUUUGGCCAAACCAGGAGCAGAAACUAGAGUCUAUUCACUCUCCUGAAGCAUUUGAGAUGAUACAGAGCCACUUGUCUCUUGUUCUUGGUGAGCGGCUUGUAGGGCCCCUCGACACGAUUGUUCAGAUCAGUAAAAUCAAACUUGGAAAGCUGUAUGCUGCUUCUAUAAUGUAUGGGUAUUUCCUCAAGAGAGUGGAUGAGCGCUACCAACUUGAAAGAACUAUGAAAACCCUUCCAGAAGGCUUCAAUGAAAACCGCUUAAGUUUUGAAGAUCCAGGACCAGCAAAUCGCCUUUGGGAUCCAGAUUCAUUGAUUAGAAUUCCAGCUGAUGAUGAUGAUGAUGGAGGCAUGUUGGAUUCUGUUGAAGGUGGGUCAUACAGAUUGAGAUCCUAUGUGAUGUACUUGGAUGCGGAGACGCUUCAGAGAUAUGCAACUAUAAGAUCCAAGGAAGCGAUUUCCUUGAUUGAAAAGCAGACACAGGCCCUGUUUGGAAAACCUGACGUCAGAGUUUCUGAGGACGGCUCCCUUGAUACUUCCAAUGAUGAAGUGGUUUCAAUUACGUUUUCUGGAUUAACAAUGCUAGUCUUGGAGGCAGUGGCAUUUGGAUCAUUUUUAUGGGAUUCAGAAACAUACGUUGAAUCCAAAUACCACUUCCUUAAGAGCUGAAGGAGGUUCUAUUUUGAAUCUUUCAUUCAUCUUCUUUUUAAGCCGUGUAAAUUGUAGUAAUGUUGAGCAUGGCGUGACGGGAAUCACAAAAUAUAGUUGUGUCAUAUCACAGUAUUUCAAAGCUAAGAACACCACAAACAAUAAGGAUGAGAAAAUGGAAUGUAAAUGCUACACAUUUUCGUGUUGUUUUGAGUUUUGACUUUGAUAGAUCUGGAAAAGAAGCAUGAGGCCUUCCUGCA